AUGUUUCAAAUAUGGUACCCAAUAGUAGACCCCCCCAGGCCAGCAGGUAUCCAAAAAGCGACUGGGGAAGAGCAAGGAUCAUUUGUUAGUAAUCCGGGAUUUUAUGACGGAAAUGGGGGAAAUCCUUUGGGAAGCCCAGAUGCUGAUGCUGCCUGCGAUGAAAGAAAGAAUCUGCACUGCACGAAAACACACAAGAUCUCAACAUGGAACAUCCGCGGAAUGAGUCAAGGGAAACUGGACAUCAUCAAGCGAGAAAUGAUCAGACUCAACAUAGAUUUGCUUGGAAUCAGUGAAUUACACCGGAAAGAUAACGGCCACUUCCAAUUGGAUGACUUUUCAGUGUAUUAUUCUGGGCAUCAAGAACUUAGAAGAAAUGGAGUGGCUCUCAUAGCACACAAGAACAUAGCCCAUGCAGUCGAGAGCUACACCAUCUUCAGCGACCGCAUAGUGGCCAUCUGUAUCUGUGGAAAACCGCUAAAUGUCACGGUUUUACAAGUCUAUGCUCCAACAACAGAUGCUCCAGAAGAUGAAAGCGAACGUUUUUAUACCAAAAUCGAGGAAGCACUGGAACAGGUGCCCAAAAAGGAUAUCAUUUAUAUCAUGGGUGAUUUCAACGCAAAGGUCGGCAGUCAGGAAGAGGCGAACAUCAUAGGCCGGUGUGGAUUGGGCGAAAGGAACAAAGCUGGUGAUAGUUUGGUAAAAUUCUGUCAUGAAAACCAUUUCAGGGUUUCAAAUACAUGGUUCAUGCAACCAAAACACUGUCUGUACACCUGGACAGCCCCAAAUGGACAGCAUCGUAAUCAGAUAGAUUACAUUCUUUGCAGUCAACGCUGGAAAAGUUCAGUUCUCACCAUCAAAACUUUCCACGGUGCUGACUGCGGUUCUGACCAUGAACUGCUUGUAACCACCUUCAAGGAACACAUACCAUACAAGAAACUAGAGAAAAGGAGCAAGUGGCUGUCGGCAGAAACCAUCAAAGUCGCCGAUCAAAGAAGAGCAGCCAAAGCCACUGGGGACCGAGAUGAGGCUAGGAGGCUAAACGCGGAAUUUCAAAGGGCAGCAAGGAAGGACAAAGAAGCAUACUGGGAUCAGCGAUGCAAGCAAAUGGAGGAGGACUGUCGAAAAGGUCACACCAGAAAUCUCUUUGCACCGGUCAAGAAAAUUCGAACUUAUUUCACUGCCCGCAAAGGAGCAAUCAAAGACAAGAACAGGAAGGUCCUGACUGGCCAGCAAUGCAUCAGAAGCAGAUGGCGAGAAUACACGGAAGAGUUGUAUGCAAGCACUAGCGACCCUGAGACACCCCACGACAUCCCAGUGAAAAUGGAGCCAGCUAUUUUGGAUGAGGAAGUCGGGCGCUGA